GGAGGGAAGCGCGCGGGGCCUUCGCGCGCGACCUUUGCGCGCGGCCGCGUCGAGGCGAUUCCAGUAUGUCCACAAACACGGUCGCGCUGGUGCUGGUGGUCGGCGGCACAAUAUCGGUGCCGGUGAUCACCCUGGCGCUCGCCUGGUUCCUGUGCCCCACCGUCUACCUCCAUGCCUUCAACUGGUUCUGGAGGCAGAGACUGGGCCUGCGUGUGAAGCACGUCACUGUCGCUGGCUACACCUUCUGCUACAUGGAGCGCGGCGGUGCCAAGAGCAACGCGGGCCCGGCCAUCCUGCUGCUGCAUGGCUUCUCUGCGCACAAGGACAUGUGGCUGCCGAUGCUGCGGUUCCUGGAGCUAGAGUGCCGCGUGGUGAGCGUGGACAUGCCGGGGCAUGAGGGGACCAGCCGUAUCGCCGGGGAAGACUACAGUAUCCAGGGGCAGGUGGCACGCAUCCACCAGUUUGUGGGUGCCGUGGGACUCGACUCAAGCCCGUAUCACCUGGUGGGCACCUCCAUGGGGGGCUGCAUCGCAGGGGUCUAUGCUGCCCAUCACCCGAAGGAGCUGUGCGCCAUCACCCUCAUCUGCCCCGCAGGCCUACAGUAUCCGUGCGAUACGCCCUUCAUCCGCGAGCUGCGCGCCCUGGAGGGCACGGACAUGCGCAACGCUCGCAUCAGCCUCAUCCCGGAGACGCCGAGCGAGAUGCGCGGCAUGCUCGACCUGUGCGCCUACGCGCCCAUCCGCCUGCACAAGCAGAUCCUGAAAGCCCUGGUGGAGUUGCGGUGCCAGAACAACGACUUUUACAGAGAGCUGUUUUUGGCGAUCACCAGUGAGUCAUCUCGUCAUGCCCUGCAGGAGGCCCUGCCACUCAUCACGACCCCCACGCAGGUCAUAUGGGGCCAGGAGGACAAGGUGGUGGACGUGUCUGGCGCCACCGUGAUGGAGGCCGUGCUGCCGUCAUGCCGUGUGGACCUACUCGAACGCUGCGGCCACUCGGUGGUGAUGGAGCGGCCCCGCAAGGCCUCGAGCCUCCUCGCUGCGUUCCGCCACAGUCUUGACUUCGACGGCCCGAACGGCAGCAACGGCGGUGGCGACAGCGGCGGUGCAUACUUGGAGCCCCGUGCCGGCAAGCGCGACUGAGCGCCCACUCGCACCGCCACCUUUCACACCUGACCAACCCAUGGCAUUUACGAGGCCACAAAGUUUACGAGGCGGCGUGUAUCGAUCCAUCAGUCAUUAGUCGAUUCUAACAGAGGGUGGCCCGGUAGCUCAAAGACACUCAGCCGUCACCGCUGAAAUCCUGAGUUCGAAUUGAGGAUUUUGCUGCCCAGCCACUGUGAAUAAACCAGGUUCUCAAGCGUAAAGAGCUAAUGGUCUCAGCACAAAACUUACUCAGAUACCAGGAAUUGCACGCACACGUGCAUGCAAAAAAAAAUUAUGAGAAAAAAGUUGGUUCCCCGCUUGAUUUGAAUAAAUGUCACCGUGUGAGAAUUACAAGUAUCAGUUUAACUGUCAUGUGGGAAACAUUACUUUCUGUGGCAGUGGCAGGGUAAGUGUCAUCCUUUUCUGCGGGCCCUUCUCUAACGCGAAGAAUCGCACUGCGGGAAGUCCAAAGGGAUUCUUCGUCACACGCCCUGACAUUGAUACCGUUUGGGAUUAAUCGGGGAUAAGAGAUUUUUUAAAUUAAAUCUUGCAAAGUUGACGUGUGCAUUUAAGCGUUUAUCUGACUCAAUUGUUUAAUUUAUACGCGUCACGUGUAAUUGGUUCACGUGACCUCUGUAACCACUAGAGGUGCUGCUCGCACCACAGAAACAACCGGCGGUCCUUGAGUCGAAUUGCGGUACUCAAUCGUCGCGAUUGUGUGGAAUCUGGAUUGGCUGGAAUCGUUAAACGUCUGUCGUUUACCAUAAAUCUGUGGCUCAAACUUACCCACGUGGGCCUGGUCAGCUGACCCAUUACACGUCAGCUACAGAGACACGGAGGGAUGAUUUUUUUUAUAUUGGAGGGUCACUUUCGAGGCAGUUGGGAACAUAGCCAGUUUAGAAGCAGUUGGCGGUGCCAGGGUUGCACUUUGAGAAGUGGGAUUGUGUCCUGGGUCGCAUAAUUUUCUUAAACACUGGAAGCAAUAAGCACUAAUGUAGGUUAUUGCACUUACUCAUUGCAAUAUAUUGGUUGAGUGGACGAAAUGUAAUGUACUGCGAUAAAGCAUACGCAGCUUAGGAGAAACCUAGCGAAACGACGCAUAGGGUAAUAUAUUGAUUUUCAAGAUUGCGAUAUUAUUUAAAGUUGUGAAUCGCGUGUGUGAGGAUAGAUGUUGUUUAAUUCUGUCUCCGUAUAAUUCCAAGCAUGCACCUCUCCAUGCUUCUUUGUGCACCUUUCAACUGGAUUUCAGAAACAAGCGCAAGUUAGAGACAUCGUAAUGACCGUUAAGAAACAAAAUAGUCGGUGGGCUGGGGUCGGAACACGUUUCUAUAAAGGACGAUGGCCAAGCCUGAUGACAGUGGCAGCUUAAGGACGGAGCACAUACGAGAAUACGUUUACUGCGUGGGUCGACUCCGUGGAUUGUUGCAUCACAUGUCUUUGAGAGAUGUACGAUGAUGUGUGUAAUCGGUUACCAUGAAACCUGCAGCCACUAGAGGCGCUACAAUUCGCUGAAAUAUUAAAGAGAUUCCUCGAAACGAAUUUCGUCCAGGGACGUUCGGUCAGGGGAGGCAGGGGAGGCAGAGCCUCACCUGUCAUUAUCCAAUGAAAAUAGCUGUUACGAAAAGUAAAAAAAAAGAAUCAAAUAAAAUAAAUAUUCAGAUUUUUCCACUGAUCUGUGUUAUAAAUGUAAUUUCUGUGUUGAUUCCAAUAAUUUUUAAAGUCAAAAUCACCAAAUUUGCGGAGCUCCACUGCAAAUACAGGAAGAGAUGAAAGGUGAGGCAGCAACGAGCUCAGCCUCACCUCUGAUUGUGCAACCCCUCAGUAACUGGAUGUUACUAUCUUAGUAUGUCACCAAUGUAAUGUUUGUAGACCCCUUCAUUUCAUGUCCUCGCCUUCCAUACUCCAGGUAACUUAUUUCACGUAUGUGUAUAAAGAUAUUUAGGCUCGCUGGUCUCGGCAUGAAACUGCAAUAAAGAAGCACCAGGGGAGGCAGCUAUUACAUCUGCCUCACUGAAGGGGACGUGUCUAACACGCCCCCCUCAGUGUGUGAAUCUGGCUCUGACACUAGCCAGUGCCUCCCCAGCCAUUGACCUCACCGCACGUCACUGAUUUUGUCCAGCGAUUGAAGCGCGUUGGCUGAGAAAAUACUUGCUGACGCCAACACGGUGGCAUGUGGCGUACAGUGUUGAGUCAGUAUUUCUAUUUUCGUUCCAAGUCUGGUCAACGGCAACCUAUGGAUGAUUUCAGAGUCAUUCAGUCGGGGCUACGAAAGCAGUCUAAACAGUUCCUCCCAAAGUAUGAGGGGCGCUCAAUUAUUUCCUCCCAGUAUCAGCUCAGCCAAUCGGUGAACACGGUCAUGUUUUUGAAUGCUAUACGUUUCUAGCCAAUUUCCAUUUUCUCCUCCAGUGCACUGAAUAAUAAUGAAAAUGUAUAAAGCGCCCGUAAGCAAUCGUUCUCUGGGCACUGCAGUCUCUAACUGUAUUGGUGUCUUCGUAACACGAACUGCACUGAGCUAGAUUUUUAAAAAAAAUAUCUUAAUAACGUUCCAAAAUUAGCUCUGUGUUUUCACUCAAACUCGUUAAUUUCGUAUCAGUCGUAAGCUAAACAAAAAAAAACCCAUUGAAUAUCUCUUGUCACUAAUUUUUUUUGAAAGCGAUUAACACUGGCGGUGUUACUCGGCAACCACCCACGGGGACCCACGCUUUGCUCUGUGUAAUUUAUACCGCAAAUACUGUUGACGUGUAUCAAGGUUACUGCAAUAAUAAAGUCAUAAUCUCAA